AGCUCGUAUUCUUCUCCAAUCAGCAGCGCACCAAAACUGAUCUGCCACUACUUAGAAAAAUUCAUGCAGAGCGCAAGGAAUAUGGCAGUGGCAAUCCUAGAUUUACAGUAAAGGAAGGAAAUAAAAAUUAAAGGAAAAAAGAAAGAUGUGAACCCGACUCGAAUCGACUGGUGAUAAACUGAGCGUUUUCUCGGUGCGCAAAUAUAUAUCUGUGGCCAUGUUAUGAUAACGGAGUUAUAUCCCGAGAGGUGACACCCCAGCCUUGAUCAAUGUAGAGCACCUUCUCCAGCCCAAUAUGGCAUGCAGAGAAGGACCCUAGUUCCCAGGGACCGUAUAUGAUGGCUCAAUGGUACUCAGCUAAAUGAUGUCAUUGUAUCAUGAGCAUGCGUCCCCGAACGGAGCUCGGGUCCAAGACAGUAAAGGUCGAACGGAAUACCCUUACGAUUCUAUAUACGCAACAUGGGCGUAGAUUUCUACCGAAAAAGAGCGUCAUAGCACUCCUCCGGAUUGUUGUCCGCCUACAUUUCCGAAGGCUCGACAUCCACAAGACCCUCGCCUGUCCUGAUAAAUGCCUGCGACAGCGCUUCACACUCCGCGCAUUUGGCACCGACGAUGAGUUCUGCCGGUCAAUCGCGCAAACAGGCUACACCGUGGUGGACGUGAAGUACCGCCUGGCACCCAAACAUCCGUUCCCCGCUGCGUUCGACGCUAUCGAGGACGUGGCAGCAAUCUGGUCCUGGCGGUCGCCUCAUCGUCGCUGCUCUUCAGCACUGCCAAAGAAAUAUGAAGAAUCACCGUUCCAUGCCGUUAUCGCAUUUUACCCCUCCACGGAUCUGCCACAGCCGACCACAGCAAAGAAGCAAGUGGUUAAAUCGAAGUUUAUGAUUCGAAGGAUCCUUCCUUUCUUCUCGGAAUUCUGUCAUUCGUGUUAUCGCAAUCCCCGCGAGAUCGACAUGAGACACCCGCGACUUUCACGGUCAUAUGCGGAUCCGGCGCGGUUUCCCAAGAAUGUGCUGAUUAUCACCACCGAAGAGGAUCCGGUCACGAUCGAAGGCGAGCAGCUUGCCGAGAAGGUCAGCAUGGUGGAGGGUCAUAACGUGAUGCAGCUGCGAGCUGUUCUGUUCCUUAUUGGGACAUUCCUGGCCUCCGCCGCCCAAGGGUUCGACAUCUCUCCAUUGGAACUGCAAUUCCCGCUUCUCCAUCAACUGCGACUGCUGGAAGAUGGAACGAGUACAUCAGUACACCUGACCUCUUCGAAGGAAUUUAUAGACCACAAUUUCUCAGUGCCUAUUGACCAUUUUCACAAUGAAUCUCGAUAUGAACCUCAUACUCAUGACCAUUUCAGCCUCCGCUACUGGUUCGAUGCCAGUCACUACAAGGAAGGGGGACCAGUUUUUCUCAUUGCUGCCGGAGAGACGAAUGGUAAAAAUCGCUUUCCGUUCCUGUCUCACGGAAUUGUGACCCAGUUAGCCAAGACGUAUAAUGGUCUUGGAGUUAUCCUGGAACACCGCUAUUAUGGAGAGAGCUACCCCUUCGCCAAUCUUACCACGAAGAAUAUCCGGUUCUUGUCAACAGAGCAAGCAAUGGCGGAUUACGCUUACUUUGCUUCCAACGUUGUUUUCCCCGGACUGGAGCACCUGAAUCUGACUGCUGACGCCGUGCCGUGGAUUGGAUACGGAGGCUCCUAUGCCGGAGCAUUUGUGGCUUUUCUUCGCAAGGUCUACCCGGAGGUCUUCUUCGGCGUAGUGUCGUCGUCAGGAGUCACCGAGGCCAUUGAGGAUUAUUGGCAAUAUUAUGAGCCCAUUCGCCAAUUUGCACCGUCCGACUGCAUAUGGAGUAUCGGAACGUUCAUGGAUAUUGUGGAUACUAUACUGAUUGAGCACGCCAAGAACGAGACAAUGAAAUCGCACCUCAAGGCCGUGUUCGGUGCAAAGUCCUCCAUUGUUGAUGAGUUCUUCGCUGCGGCUCUCUCAAGUACCCUUGGAGCCUUUCAAGGCCGGAACUGGGACCCUGGGGUCGGCGAUGGUACUUUUCAGAGAUACUGCAAGAAUCUGACAAGUCCGACAUUGCUCUACCAGCACAAUAAUACCAUAAAGGCGUGGACGGAGGGGCUCAUCUCGGCCACAAAGUAUGAUGCGACCAACUCCAGCUUGGUCACAGGCAUGCUUAAUUACGCUGGUUACAUGAACGCUACGCUUUUCUCCCAUCUUGAUAAGGUUCUCCGUACCUCCAGUCCCAAGUCACCACAGUCGCUGGAGAACGUCCCAAAGGAUAGACUGCCUCUUAUCUCCCGUUUGAUCACGCUUGCCGAAGAAUCUCAGUUCUGCAAGGAGGACUUCAGCAUCACCACACCCCCUGAUACCGACCGGAUUAACAAGCAUGGCGGGUUCAACUUCUCGUAUUCCCGGGCGGCCAUUAUCGAUGGACUGGCCGAUCCUUGGCGUGACGCGACGCCGCAUGCAGACGGUGCACGGCCAAGAAAGUCAACGGACGAGGAGCCGUUUAUCCUUGUCGAUGUCCCGGCCGAGGAUGUCUGGGAUGGAAUUCGCGGUGCAGUACACCACUGGGAUCAGAAUGGCUUAUCCGAAGAAGACGUGCAGCGAGGGAAAACCGCACCAAGGGCCAUAGUCAACCUUCAGCGGGAAAUUGGCAGUUAGAAAUCGUCAGCUGGUACUCUAGUUGACUCAUUUGGUACUCAAGGUUGAAGAGUUGUGUUGAUGAUGAUGACAUAUUUGCCUAGUGACAGCGUGACAUUGGAAGCUCUGUAGACUUUUAGCAUGUGCUCCACCCAGGAGAAACGGUUUCACUGUGGAUCGCUCAACUCUCUGGUCAAAGCGAAUCGGAGACAUUGGCACUUCUGAUCCAAACCAAUAGCAUCGACAAGGCUGAAACUAGCUUGUCAAUGUCGCAAUUAACAGAGUCUGUCAAUUGGCCUGUGUCGGGCAGACACUAUUCCCACCGCGAUGAUAGGUUUUCCACUCCCACAGAUCCUAGCUCCCGGAGCUGAAAAUAACUGAACUGAACCCAUCAAUAUUUCUGGACUAUCAUCUCCACAUUCAAUUGCC